CGGUCGCCACAGUCGUUAGUUUCAGACAAGGUAGCUAGCCGCUUGUGAUUAGCCACGUCAUGAAGUGUUACUCCUCAAAGAUUAACGAGAUUUGACCAAAUCGGGAAUUUGUCUUAAUUUCUAAUCCGACUUUGAACUUUACGUUUAAUACUCUGAAAUAAUUAUAUGGAAAGAUGUCAGACAUAGGGGACUGGUUCAAAAGCAUUCCCCUCAUCACCAGGGGCUGGUUUGCUGCCUCGAUUGCUGUUCCCCUUAUAGGGAAACUAGGACUGAUUGAUCCCAGGAACCUCGCACUGAGGCCAGAUUUGUUCUUAAGAAGAUUUCACCUGUGGAGACCAGUGACGGCCACCCUGUAUUUCCCAGUGUACCCAAAUACUGGCUUCCUGUUCCUUGUCAACCUAUAUUUCCUCUACAACUACUCCACCCGGUUAGAGACAGGAGCGUUUGAUGGCCGACCGGCUGACUAUGUCUUCAUGCUCCUCUUCAACUGGAUCUGCAUUGUUAUAACUGGGCUGCUCAUGGACAUGCAGCUGCUGAUGAUCCCGUUGAUCAUGUCUGUACUGUACAUCUGGGCUCAGUUCAAUAAAGACAUGAUAGUUUCUUUCUGGUUUGGAACAAGAUUCAAGGCACAUUAUCUGCCUUGGGUCAUUUUGAUCUUUAACUUCAUCAUCGGCGGCUCGUUUGUGAAUGAACUCAUUGGGAACCUGGUGGGUCACCUUUACUUCUUUCUCAUGUUCAAAUAUCCCAUGGACCUGGGAGGACGCGCCCUCCUUUCUACGCCACAGUUCUUGUAUCAACUGCUCCCUACCAGGAGAGGAGGGGUGUCAGGCUUUGGAGCUCCCCCCACUAGGAGACCACCGCCUCAGGAGCAGGCAGGAGGCGGCGGCGGCGGUCGUCACAACUGGGGCCAAGGCUUCCGUCUGGGAGAUUAAUGAGCGAUGACAAGCGCUACCCCUCGCCUACUUCCAGCCUCUCCGUUUGGGUUAAAAUGUUUGCUGCUUCACUUUCUUUGAGCAAGUCCAAAUUAGGUCAUUUAAGUCUAACAAGUGAAAAGUAAAGGUGGCAAGUAUUUUACCCUAAUACUACAGUAAGACUACUGUUUCAAUGACUUUCAACAUGAAAAACAUAAAACAAAAAAAAAGUGAUUAUUCAACUCCCCUUUUCUUAGUUUCUUUUACUGCCUUAUUUCACACUUACAUUGUAAUUGUCAAGAUGCUGGGCAAAUCCUUGUGUAUGGCACACAUGGCCAACCGGAAGUACUGUCCUGAGUUGCCUCUGCGGGUGGUACAGACUUCCCACAAGCAAUUUUUGUUUUUGUAAAUACAAGUUACGAAAAGAUAAUCCACUCUGUGUUAUUUACUGGUAAGUCUUUUUCAGCAGACAACCUGUGAGAAAUCAAUGUGGAUGGUUUAUGUACCGUUGCCUUUGUACCCUACAAUUGGACCUUUUAGCAUUAUGUUUCAAAGUGUCCAGUCUUGUGUUUGUUAAUUAACAAAAUCAAACAUAGUCACAGGCUACAUUCAGGGGCUGAGUAAGGUGUGACUUUCAGUGACUCUUAUGGUCUCUUCUGCAUAUCGGGUGCAACCUGCUGAUGACACUCUUAAGCUCAGUGCCCAUUUUCCUCUGAGAACAUGCUGUUCGUAGCCUCACAAUGGCAAGGUACUGUUGAUCAACUAUUAGGUGUCGCCUUGGUCUCGUCAAAAUGUGAACAGCAUGAAGACAAUUGUUUCAGUACCAAUUGUAAUUGAACCAGAAAAUGUAUUGAUUGAUUCAUGGGAAAAAAACAUUUAGGAAUUGUCAUUUAGUUAAUUGUUAGAGAAGCGCAAGUGUAAUCAAAGGUUUAAAGAAGGCAAAUUCAAUUCACCUAUAAAUUGCAUGGAACACUUUGUGAGUAGUGUCUACAAACAAAUAACCAUUCACACCUAUAAACUGUGUUGAGUCCUCACUUUUUGGAAUGUGAGAGGAAGGCAGACUAUCCUGAGAAAACCCAGAGGGGGCCCAAGCUGCGAUUGUAACCCAGGACCAGUAAAUGCCCAGCAGCAAUCUAACACAAUUCACAUACAAUAAUUGUUCUUCAGUAACCAGACAAUACAAUCUUCAGGUUUUAAUGCAUGAAGACCAAGACCAGCAUUAUGUAUUUAUUGAGUUAGAGCAGAUUUAAAGUAGAAAAUAAAAAUGCAGGCAGUAUUCCUUAGAAGCCGACCAGAAGCCAGAAUACGCUUGAACAUGAAAUUUAAGCUGCAGAAACGUUCAUUUUGCUUUUCAAACCAGCAUUAUAUAGAAGUGACAGUGGAAUCGCUAGCAUGAGGAUGCAAUUAGACAAAACAAAAUACACAAUAUCCCUUUAAAUCUUGAGUACAAGUAAAAAAAAAAAAAAAAAAAAAGAUUGUAAGGCAGUCAACCAAGUUUUGAUCUUACGUGUAAAAGAAAAAUUGCAGACUGUACAGUAAUAACCAAAAUCCCCAACUGCCAGUUGAGAAGACAUCCCAGAAAGGCGAAAGCGGACGAGACGUUCACAAUUCACAGCUGAACAAGAUUCACACUUGAAACUGCUUCAGUUGUUUAAUCGUCAGUCAAUAAUCUCCACAACCCUGCAAAUUCAAAUUCAGUGGAAAAUAGCCAGUUUCCCCCCCCCCCCCCCAAAUCCAUAUGAAUCAUCAUCUUCAUCAGUUGAUGCGGAAAGAGCUGAAAAGGCAGCAUGGUGUGAUCAGACAGACUUUGUCUUUAAACAUUAGUAGAACAGAAAUAAGAACAUUCUGCACUGUUAUUGCCUCAGGUACUGGUGCAGGAGGACAAAAAAGAUACAAGUUAGUGCAUUCUAUCAUUCAUUGGCCUAAUUGGUCUGCACACGUGGUGGCUCUUUGUGGCAAACGUCGAGCUCAGUCUCCAGCAGUGAGGCCAAGCUUGCACUCCCACAAUCCAUUCCCUCUCACUCACUUCCCUUCGAGAACAUUGUCUGAGACUCCUUUUAUAAAGGGGCUGACGCUGCUAGAGAAAAGUUCUAGCUGGAGAUGAGGCGGCCGAGAGCAAGAAAGCCUUAUAGUAAUACAA